AUGGGAUUCAUGCAGAUUCUCAUUCUGCUUUUUGUAAUCAGUUUUCUUUCGAUAGCUGCUAAAGGAUUGCAUGAUCAGGAAAGCACCGUACAGACUUACAUCGUGCAUGUUGAGUUGCCUACAGAUACUCCGCUUUCCAGUGCAAGUGCAAGCCCAAAUAAUGAUGAUUUAGAAAAUUGGUACAAAUCUUUCCUGCCGACAACCACUAUCUCAAGCUCAUCAAAUGAAGCACCACGGAUGCUUUAUUCCUAUCACAAUGUUUUCAAAGGAUUUGCAGCUAAAUUAUCAGCUGAAGAUGUGAAAGAAAUGGAAAAGAAGCCUGGAUUCUUAUCAGCUAGUCCCCAGGAGAUGCUAUCUCUACAUACGACCCACACUCCUAGUUUCCUGGGGUUGCAUCCGGAUAUGGGCUUCUGGAAGGAUUCAAAUUAUGGAAACGGUGUGAUUAUUGGAGUCAUGGACACCGGAAUAAGGCCAGAUCACCCUUCAUUUAGUGAUGAAGGAAUGCCUCCACCACCUGCUAAAUGGAAGGGAAAGUGUGAAUUUAAUUCCUCAGCUUGCAAUAACAAAUUAAUUGGAGCAAGGAAUUUCAACCAAGAAUUUAGCGAUUCCGUUUUAGAUGAGGUUGGCCACGGUACUCACACAGCAAGCACAGCUGCAGGAAACUUUGUCCAAGGCGCUAAUGUGUUGAGAAAUGCUAAUGGAACUGCUGCCGGUAUCGCACCUCUAGCUCACUUGGCAAUGUACAAAGUAUGCAUAAUUGUUUGCCAAGGUGUUAUAUGCAUAGAUAUUUGCCCUGAAAGUGCCAUAUUGGCUGCUAUGGAUGCGGCUAUCGAUGAUGGGGUGGAUAUUCUUUCCCUGUCUAUUGGAGGAAGUUCGAAACCAUUUUAUACAGACAGCGUCGCACUUGGUGCUUAUACUGCAAUGGAAAAGGGCAUUUUGGUCAGCUGCUCAGCCGGAAAUGGUGGUCCUUCCAAUCAGUCUUUAGAAAAUGAAGCCCCCUGGAUACUUACGGUUGGUGCAAGCACCAUCGACAGAAAAAUAGUAGCUACUGCUUUGCUCGGGAACAAGGAGGAGUUUGAUGGCGAAUCUCUUUAUAAUCCUAAGCAUUUUCUUUCAACUCCGUUUCCCUUGUACUAUGCUGGCUGGAAUGCAAGCGAUAUUUUAUCUGCAUAUUGCUUCUCAUCAGCUCUGAAUAGCUCUAAGGUCCAGGGGAAAAUUGUGGUCUGUGAUCAUGGUGGUGGCAUAUCAGGUGCUCAAAAAGGAGAACAUGUCAAGGCUGCCGGUGGCGUUGGCAUGAUUAUCAUAAAUGGACAGAACGAGGGUUACACCACUUUUGCCGAUGCUCAUGUCCUCCCGGCAACACAUUUAAGUUAUGCUGAUGGAGUUAAGGUCCUGAGCUACAUCAACUCAACAGAAUUACCAAUGGCUGCGAUUUCAUUCAAAGGAACUAUUAUUGGAGACGAUCAUGCUCCAGUGGUUGCUUCAUUUUCUUCCAGAGGUCCUAGCAUGGCAAGCCCUGGAAUUUUGAAGCCGGAUAUAAUUGGCCCUGGUGUAAACAUUCUCGCUGCUUGGCCUCAAUCCGUUGAAAACAACACAAACACCAAGUCCACAUUCAACAUACUCUCCGGCACCUCAAUGUCUUGCCCUCACCUCAGUGGUGUAGCUGCCCUGCUCAAAAGCGCGCACCCUGAUUGGUCUCCAGCUGCAAUUAAGUCCGCCAUCAUGACCACAGCUGAUCUUGUGAACCUUGCCAAGAAUCCAAUCGAGGAUGAAAGGCUUCUUCCUGCAAACAUUUUUGCGAUAGGUUCAGGCCACGUGAAUCCAUCAAGAGCAAACAAUCCAGGUCUAAUCUACGACAUUGUGCCAAAAGAUUACGUGCCUUAUUUGUGUGGUUUGAAUUACACCAGAAGGGGGCUUCUUUACAUUUUACAACGUAGGGUGAAUUGCGCCGAAGAAUCAAGCAUCCCUGAAGCACAAUUGAACUACCCUUCAUUCUCUAUCCAAUUUGGAUCACCUAUUCAACGUUACACAAGGACGGUUACUAAUGUUGGAGAGGCCAAAUCAGUUUACACGGUUAAGGUUGUUCCCCCUGAAGGUGUCGAGGUUAUAGUCAAACCCAAGACUCUGCGUUUCUCCGAGGUGAAACAGAAGGUGACAUAUGAGGUCGUAUUCAGUCAAUUGCCAACUGCAGCUAAUAAUACAGCGUCUCAGGGAUCUAUUACUUGGACUUCCGCAAAGGUCUCCGUCAGGAGUCCAAUUGCUACAAUUAUAGGUGAAAUGCCAAUGUUCUAG